CCCAUGGAUUACUUUGACCUCCUCCCCCUCACCGCCAUCCUCCUCUGCUCACUCCCAUACUCCCGCGCCGCAACCUCCUCCAUCUCCUCCAACCAACCCCUCGCCGACGGCCAGACCAUCAUAUCCCCCACCGGCAUCUUCGAGCUCGGCUUCUUCAGCCCCCUCCGCUCCACAAAUCGCUACGUCGGAAUAUGGUACCGCAGCUUCCGCAGCACCUCAACCUUCGUAUGGAUCGCCAACCGCAAAUCGCCAAUUUCCGACACGUCCGGCUCCCUCGCCAUCGCCGGCGAUGGUAAUCUCGUGCUUCUCGACGGCUCGAAGCAUGUCGUGUGGACGUCCGGAGUGUCGACGACGUCGAGAAACCUGACGGCGACAUUGCUGGAUAGCGGAAAUCUGGUGCUUAACGACUCGGAAGCCAUGGUUUGGGAGAGCUUUGAUAAUCCGACGGAUACUUACCUUCCUGGCAUGAAGAUAGGACUUGAUCUGAUCACGAACGAGAAUCAUGUGUAUACUUCGUGGAGAAGCGACGAUGAUCCGUCGCCGGGGAGGUUUACUAUUGGGAUGAAUCCUGAUCGGUCAACGCAGAUCUUUAUAUGGGAUGACGGCAGGCCGCGGUGGCGCUCUGGCCGGUGGAACGGGCAGAUAUUCAUAGGGGUAGAAGGCAUGGUGCCGGAGUACAUCUACGGCUUCCGUCUGAACAACUUUGUCUCAGAAAACCUCAUGUACUUCUACUACAGCCCCAUCAACAGCAUGCCGCAGCGCUUCGUCCUGUCCGCCGACGGCAUGGAGCGGCAAUUCGAAUGGCAAUAUAACGCCAGCGCAUGGGAACAGAUCUGGUCUCAGCCGCGCACACAAUGCGAACUUUACAACCGGUGCGGCAACAACGCCACCUGCACCAACGCCGAAAACGCCACCCAGCCGCCGGCAUGCGAGUGCCUCAAAGGCUUCGUGAAAGCUCCAGAAGGUUGCGUGAGGAGAACGCCGCUGCAGUGCGAGCGGAAUGGGAGCGCCGGAGAAGGAGAAAAGGAUGGGUUUUAUCAUAUGGGGGGAAUCAAUUUGCCGGAUUUGUCUGAUUGGGAUGAGAGUUCGAGUAAUGCGGAGCGGUGCGAGGAGUCCUGUUUGAUGAAUUGCUCCUGUAAAGCUUACAGUUUUGUGACAGGGAUUGGGUGCUUGAAGUGGGCGAGGGAAUUUGUGGAUAUUCAUAUUUUUUUUAAUGGGGGCAAUGAUUUUUAUCUCAAGCUUGCUGGUUCGGAGCUUGUUGAUAAGAAGGCUAAAAUUCCUGUGUUUCUGCUACUGGUUAUAGGCAUACCCUCGCUGUUUGCACUUGGAUGCAUUUGCCUGAUGUGGAUGCUUCGGAGAAAAAUUAGAGCUUUCUUCAGGAGACAAAGGAAGCAACGAGAGGUAUCAGUGAAUCCUACUACAGAAUUCACAGGCGUUCUUGUGAUUGAGGGGGAAGGAAGUAAUGGGAAGCGCUCGGAAUCGACAAUAUUCAGCUUUGAUACUGUUGCGGAGGCAACCAGCAACUUCUCCAGUUCUAAUUUACUUGGGGAAGGAGGAUUUGGCCCAGUUUAUAAGGGUGUACUGCGAGGAGGGCAGGAAAUAGCCGUUAAAAAACUUUCAAACAGCUCAGGACAAGGCAUUGAACAAUUCAAAAAUGAAGUCAUCCUCAUUGCAAAAUUACAACACAGAAAUCUUGUAAGGCUGCUUGGCUUCUGCGCUCAAAGUGACCACAAAAUGCUUAUCUACGAGUACAUGCCGAAUAAAAGCUUGGAUGCAUUUCUUUUCGAUCAAAACAGGAAAAGAUUGUUAGAUUGGAACACAAGGUACAAUAUCAUUGAGGGCAUUGCUAGAGGCCUUCUUUAUCUCCACAGAGACUCUAGGCUUAGAGUUAUCCACCGUGAUCUCAAAGCAAGCAACAUUCUGCUAGAUGACUCAAUGAAUCCAAGAAUUUCGGACUUCGGCAUGGCGAAGAUCUUUGGAAGUGAUGGCAACGAAACUGCAACAAAAAGAGUUGUAGGCUCUUAUGGCUAUAUGUCGCCAGAGUAUGCAAUGAAAGGCCUUUUCUCUGUAAAGUCUGAUGUUUAUAGCUUCGGAAUACUUGUCUUGGAGAUUAUCAGCGGGGAGAGAAACAGCACAUAUCAACAUCCUGAACUGUAUCUCAACCUCAUAGCUUGUGCUUGGAAGCAUUGGAAUGAGGAAGAUGUGAUGGAGUUUGUGGAUCCAUCAAUAAGGGAUUCAUGCGAGCUGAGUGAUGUUUCAAGAUGCGUGCAGCUGGGGCUCUCAUGCGUUCAGGACAGAGCUCAUGAAAGACCAACAAUGGCAACUGCUAUAGUGAUGUUGGAGGGAGGAUCUAUGGUUCAUCCAAUGCCAAGACAGCCUACUUUUGCGUUUGAGAGAAGCCGGAGUGAGUCUUUGUUAACUGAUCAAAGAUUCAUUACAGAAAAUUCAAUAAUGAUCACUAUGUUAUCAGAAUUCAUGGGCAGGUGCUCUAACAUCAGCACCAUCAUCUCACUCUUCCUCUCAGCACCCAUCUGCUUCAUCUCCCUUCACUUCUUCCCAUCAUCACAAGCAGCAAGCUACCUGACUCCUCAUCAGCCUCUCACCGUCGGCAACAGCCUGGUCUCCGACGGUGGAGUCUUCGAGCUUGGCUUCUUCAGCCCGGGCAGGCCCAACAGAACUUAUUUGGGCAUAUGGUACUGCAACUCCCAAGGCGAAAGAAUUGUCUGGGUUGCUAACCGCGACUUGCCAAUCUCCGACUCCUCAGGCUCCCUCGCCAUUGCCAACGAUGGCAAUCUGGUCGUGCUCGACGGCAAGAAAAGCAUUCUGUGGUCAUCCAACAUCUCCUCAGCUUCAAACAGCAACAUCACAGCUGAGAUCCUUGACAGCGGCAACCUCAUGCUUAACAGCCCCAGCGGCAGGCUAUGGCAGAGCUUCGACUACCCAACGGACACCUACCUCCCUGGCAUGAGAGUUGGGCUAGACCUCCGAACCAACAAGAACCAGAUGCUUAUCUCUUGGAGGAGCAGCGAUGAUCCAGCACCGGGUCACUUCUCCAUAAGCCAUGAUCCGAACAGGUCAACUCAGAUUUUCAUGUGGAAUGGCGGCAAGCCGCGUUGGCGCUCCGGCAUGUGGAACGGCCAGGUGUUUAUUGGGAUUGAAAACAUGAUCUACGCCUACUCCUAUGGCUACAAAUUAAGCAACAUCGACGAGGAGCAGAAGAUGUAUUAUUACAUUAAUUCCAACAGCUCUCAAUACUGGGUUCUAACCUCGGAAGGCGUUUAUACGCACUUCAGAUGGAAUGGAGACGCUCUCUCCUGGAGCCAAUUUUGGGCUGCACCAGUUUCUGCUUGUGAGGAGUACAAUCAGUGUGGAAAUAAUGGCGGAUGUCGCAAUGACAAGGCACCUAUCUGCGACUGCUUGACUGGAUUUGUACCAAGAUCAAGUAGUCAGUGGAAGCGUGGCAUCUGGGCUGGGGGGUGUGUGAGGAGGACGAAGCUGGGAUGCAACAGGAAUGGAAGUAUUGGUGAGAGGGAAAACAAGCCUGAUAAAUUUUAUCUGAUGGAAAGAGAGAAGCUGCCAGAUUUGGCAACCAUUAUUCACAUUGCUUUGGAUUUGAACACUUGCCAAGCAAAAUGUACGAGGGAUUGCUCUUGCAAGGCUUAUAGUUUUGUGACGGGGAUUGGGUGUAUGACAUGGGGAGAAGAAAUGAGGGACAUUCAGAUCUUCCAAAACGGGGGAAAUGAUUUGUAUAUUCGACUCGCAGGCUCAGAAUUUGGCCACGAAGACAAAAUAGUUGUAAUGCUCAUAAUAGCUGCAAUUUUGAGUCUUGGUUCUCUUGGAUGCAUAUGCUUAUUGUGGAAGUACAGAAAACGAAUAAAAGAAUAUUUUAAGCAAAGGAGUCAGCAAGAAGAAAAUGCAGCGCUUUUUGGUUUAACAGAGAUUCAAGAGGAAGGGAAAGAUGGAAAACGGCAUGAGAUACGUGUGUUUACUUUUCAUGAUAUGGUUGCAGCAACAGACGGCUUCUGUUUUGAAAAUCUGCUCGGUGAAGGAGGCUUUGGUCCUGUUUACAAGGGCAUUUUGCCUGGGGGCCAACAGAUAGCCGUUAAAAGACUUUCAGAGAGUUCCAGGCAAGGUAUGGAGGAAUUCAAGAAUGAGGUCAAACUAAUUUCAAAAUUACAGCACUCAAGCCUGGUCAGAUUAGAAGGUUUUUGCAUCCAUGGAGAAGAAAUGAUGCUAAUUUACGAGUACAUGGAUAACGGAAGCUUGGAAGAUUUUCUUUUUGGUUCAAGUAAAAGAGAACGGCUAGAUUGGAAGACAAGAUACAAUAUCAUUGAAGGAAUAGCCCGUGGGCUCCUCUACCUUCACCGAGACUCUCGGUUAGGUGUCAUUCAUCGAGACUUGAAAGCGAGCAACAUUUUAUUAGACGAGGAGAUGAACCCAAAAAUUUCGGACUUCGGCAUCGCUAGAAUAUUUGGAAAAGAUAGCAAUGAAACAAAGACAAAGCGAGUCAUUGGAACAUAUGGCUACAUGUCACCAGAGUAUGCGAUGCAAGGAUUAAUCUCCAUAAAAUCUGAUGUCUAUAGCUUUGGAGUAUUACUACUAGAGAUUGUCAGCGGAAGGAGGAACAGCACAUACCAACAUCCUGAAUUGUGUCUGCAUCUCCUACCAUAUGCUUGGAAGCUAUGGAAUGAGGAUAAUGAGAUGGAGCUAGUGGAUCCAUUAAUAAGAGACUCCUGCCAACCAAAAGAAGUAUCGAGAUGUAUCGAAGUGGGUCUCCAAUGUGUUCAGGAUCAAGCUACAGAUCGGCCUACCAUGUCUACGGUAGUCAUGAUGUUAGAAUGGAGAACCACUACACAUUCCAUGCCAAAGGAACCUAUAUUUGCCUUGAAUAAAAACCCAAAGAAGAGAAAAAUAGUAAAUCCUGGCCAAGAGGAUGACAGUAAUGAUGUUUCGAUCACUCUAUUAACAGGUCGGACAUAGUUUUUAUUCUUUUACAAGUAGGUUAGGGUUGAUAUGUAUCCUUCUUGAAAUGGAUCUGUUGAGGACGAGAACACUCAAGAGAAGAAAGAAAAGUUGGAAUUAACAUUUCAAUCAUAAUACCUGUAUAUAAUACUAAGGUUUGACAGAUUCUUUGCUGAGAAAAUAAGAAUCACCGGUUGUCUUUACUGGUAGAUAUUCUUUGAUAAAAAAGGAAACAAACAUGUAACAGAACUAAUAAAGAAUACUCAUAGGCAUUGUCCACCAUUAAUGUGUUCUAUAUUUCCUAUAGAUAUAUAGUUCUACAGGAUACUGAUUAACUUAGGUUGGGAUUAUGUCCAAAGUUGAAUGCUUUGGUACAAGAUAUUCAUGAGAUCUGAGCAUUCAUGAGAGUUGGUGUCAUAGUUGAAUUUUAAGAAAUGAUUUCAGGUAUUGAAACUUUGGGUUCAUCAUAUGCUUCACCUGUAGUUCCCCUUCAUUUAGAUGUUUAUC